AUGCCUAUGUUUGAAGGUGCUUCAGGUGUCACCGUCUCUGGUGGCAGUUUCAACGACGUUGCUGGAGACAUGACUAUUAAUGAUUCAAGCAGCCACACAACGAACCAGGGAUCGUUCAAUGUCACCAAUGAGACGCACAACUCAGGCAACAACAAUUUCUCGAGAAAUGACUUCAGCAGGAACAGGACGCAUAACGUCCAUGCUGGAACGGUCAACAACUUCGACGGCGCAAAGAAUGUGAACACUGGAACAAACUAUGGUGCGCACCCCAGUGUCAUAGUUCGCUAUAUCAACCAAAAUGAUCACCGAGGCGCCAUGCCUUCACGGGAACCAUAUGCCCCGCAAAUGUACAACUACCAGCCAAGUAGGGGCCAGGGAUCUCGACCGCCCAAUCACCAGGCCUAUUCCACCCCUCCUGCUGGCUAUUAUUACCCCGAACAAGAACAUUACCACAAUGACUACCAACGCCACGCAGAUGGGCGGCCCAGAGGCGCCCCUCGAUAUCAAGGUCACGCACCAUAUCCGCCCCCUCCCCAAGGAUAUUACCGCUACCAGGUGGAUCCCAGGGACGAAGAAAUGUUAAAUGGGACCAUGGAAGGCCCAUAUCCAGGGGAUGAUGCCUUUAACGACAUUUAUGGGCGAGAUGAAGGCGAAGAAUUUAACCCCUACGGGGCCUAUCCUCCAUCCGCUGAGGGCUAUAUGCCAGCGUCCUAUCCGCGAAGAAAUCCCGACGUGGUGGCUUCUGCACCUUCUACCUCCUACGCCAGCUCGCAGAGCGGUCCACCACGUAUGAAUUCGAACAAUCCUUUCCUGAAGGCUACCUCCAAAGAUAAAGAUCGUUCAUGA